GCCGGAAGUACCUCAGCGUCAACUCAAUGCUUGACAAAGAUUUCGACAAGUGACACCAACGCAAACCAAAGGAACACAGUCAACCUCUAAAUUGAACACUGCUGUGAAGUGGAGCAUGUCUGGGGGUGAACGCUGCGCGGGGACAGCGAGGAGGUACCGCGACAGGAACGACACUUUCAUUGAAAUCAUGGAGGCUCGCCAGGAGCAGGAACAUCUCGUGGCUAUACAGGAGCAGUGCUUACAGAAGUUGGAGAGUUUGCGACAGUGUGGAGAUAAGCUGUUAAAGGAGGCGAAGGAGGCCAAGGAAUUAAUCUCAAAUUUUGACAUUUCUCCAAAGGAACAUGAUGCUGCUCAGAUGGUGAAAAGGGCAGAACUAGAGAGGAAAGAAGCAAACAAGAAAGAGGUGGAGGUGAAGAUUCUGCAGGAGGAGUACACUCAACUGCAGCGCAGAAAACACCACCUCCUUCAUCGCGUGCAAAGAGACGCAGUGUAUCGGGACUUCAUGCAACAGGCGUUGAAGCUAACACGGUUUGAAGAUGAAGCAUCUCUGGCAGGUCAUCUGGAGAAUCUUCUUCGCAUCAGGGAGCAGCUCUGUGAGAAGCAGAGGUUAGCCGAGGAGCAGGUGGACAUGCAGAGGAAAGCCCUGCUGACCUUCAACAGCCAACAUCGCUUGAUGCUUCUGCAGUGCAGCAACCAGCUGUCACAGCUGCACCACAAACUGGACAGGGCACAACCCGAAAUGGAACACUGGGAGACAAAGUGGAAACACAUUCAAGGCACUGCAGCCAAGGAAACGCUGCUGCUGGGAUUGAUCAAGAUGGCAGCACUCAACCUCUACGAGUUGACGGGCGGCGACGUGGAUGGAGAGAAAGGCGUCCCACUGAGUGACACCGACACACAACUGGACAAGCUCAAGAUGUUCAUGCAGGACCACAAGGACAUUGUAAGACUAUAUCAAGGUAGCUCACAUAGAAACGAUGAAGAAAAGAACACUCUUACACUAACACAACAUUAAAGUACUGUAACGCUGUUUAUUACCUAAAUAUUACCGGACUGUAUUUAAAUCAUUUGGAUCUAAAAUGUGAAUUUGUUAAUUUUCAUGAACUAUCCAUCAUGUACGAUGUACAGGUAUAGUUAGUGAAUAACAUGCUGUACUUGGUGGAGAUGGAAUCACAUAAACUUGUUUCAUGGUCAAAAAUGAAUAAGAGAUUGCAUAUAAUUGGUCAUUGAUAUAUUUCUAUAAGCGUUUCCAGUUUCCAAUGAAUGUUUACGAAAGACAUGCACACACACACACACA